AUGUCCGGUGGAAAGUGCAAAGUGGGCUGGAGCACGGUGACCACGCCUGAGCAGUAUGGUGGUCUCGGCAUUCACGAUCUUCCUCGUUUUUCCAGGGCUCUACGUCUGGGCUGGUUAUGGCAAUCCUGGAAGACCCCAGAAAGGCCUUGGGUCGGGACGGGCACGCCCUGCGACGCCUCAGACAGGGCCCUGUUUGCUGCAUCCACUGCGGUGACCAUUGGCGACGGAGCAACAGCGUCUUUCUGGUUCUACUCAUGGCUAGGUGGACGACAACUUUGCCAAGCCUUCCCCACCCUUUUUGCAAGAUCAACCAGGAAGAACCGUUCGGUCAACGACGCGCUGCACGCUGACAGAUCGAUCCUGGACUUGAGGCGAGGUGACCCAGAUGCCAUUGCACUGCAGGUGGUGCAGCUUGCGAGGGAAAUCAGGCAGGCUGCCCUCGCCAUCAUCCCAGGAACCGAAGAUUCUAUUACCUGGAAGCUCAGCGCCUCGGGAUGCUACACAACAAGUUCAACGUACAAUGCCCAAUUCAGCAAUAGACAGAUUACCUCCUUCAAAUCCAUCAUCUGGAAAGUCUGGGCGUCGGGCAAGAUCAAGAUGUUCCUUUGGUUGCUGCACCUUGACAGAUUAUGGUGUAAUGAUCGUCUGCAAAGGAGAGGCUGGGAAAAUGGAUAUUUCUGCCCGAUGUGUAUGCGCAGCCUCGAGACUUCAGUUCAUCUCUGCUGGGAAUGCCCGGUUGCACUGCAAGUCUGGCACAUGGGGGCAACCUGGAACGGCUAUGCCUCUCUGGACCAGGCCUUCUGGCACAGUGGAACAACAACAACAACAACAACGGACCGAGUGCAAAGGAUUAUAGCGGCAGCCGCCCCAGGCCACAGGAAAGGGGUUAAAACCGUUGUGGCACUCAUCUCCUGGCACAUAUGGUUAGAGCACAACGCUUGCACAUUCAGAGGGAAGCAGGAAAACGCAAGGCACGUCAUUGAAGCCUGCAAGCGCGACAUGGAGCAAUGGAGAAUGGCCGGGGCAAAGUGCAUUGAGCUACCCUUUGGGGAAGUGACGUGA